AUGGAUAUUAAAGGUGUUAUGUUGUUAAUUAUAACACUUAUAUCGGAAGUAGUUUUAUCCGCUGUUAAUAUUGAAAACGUUCCUACAUAUCCAAAAAUAUAUCAAAAUCCCUUAAUCCUAGGCGCUACUACUCAAAAUUCAAACGGAAAUUUUAAUCAACGUCAGCUGCUUCUAAUUCAACGGAACAAAAAUGGCACACAGGGAAUUUAUCCACAAGCACAACACUUACUUACAAAUCCCCAACUGUCGUAUCUUCCUGAUCAAAAUAUCAAAGAUUCAAAUUAUAGGCCAAGAAACGAUGGUGGAGUACAAAAUAUACACUAUACCAAUUUGAAACCACUAAGCGCAAUUGAUUUUGAAAUACCUGUAAAUGAAUUCAAACAUACUCUAAAUUCCCCAAGAGGCUAUUAUUUAUCUCAAGCAGGCGUCGAACGAAGAAGAAUAGACACUGCAAUUCAGCCAAGUGUUCAGUAUUUUAAUCAGGAGGGAUUAAAAAAUAACGGCUAUAAUCCCAAUAAUGAAAAUGUACCAAAAUUUCAAAGCGUGAAGUUCAAAAUUAAACCGGAUUUUACUUUACCGCUAGGUUUUAUCAAUACAAAAAGAAAUGACAUAUCUUUGGAACAACAACAAAUACCAAGAGUGCCAAAUGUUAAAAACAAUAAUCAAGAGAUAAGAAAUAAUCCGUCAGCAAUUAAUACUGGAAACCAAAACGAGAGAAACAUUAAUCCAAAUCAGAAUCACUUAUUUCAAACAGGUUCUGGAUAUUUAGCGCACGAAAAUAAACUAAAUGCAUUACAAAUUCUAAAUAAUCAACCAAAAGAAUCUCGUCCAGGGAAUAACACAACAAAGAAAAAAUUAAGUACACGAAAAUCAGAUCAUAACAAGCGUUAUAAAGUAAUUCACAAUAAUGGAACUGUUGAGUAUUAUGAUGACUUUUAUGUUAUUUUAGAAAAAUAUCCUAAUAUAAAAAUAGCAAACAACAUCCUCUACUCACAAAUAACUCAAAAUAUGAAAUUCAAUAAAUUACCAAGCAAUAUACUUAAGGAUCAUGCUGAUAUAUUUUUACAAUAUAAAAAUGAGCAAGCUUAUCAAAAGCCACCAAAACCUGUAGAAGAAAAAGCUUUAUUAAAAACAAUUGUUAACAAAACACCAGAAAAACCAUUUGUGCCACAAUUAUCAUCUUUAAAACUAAAACAAAAUACUCAGGCUCAACCAUCAAUGUUGGAAAACGAUAAAAAAAAUAUAGUAACAACUAAUGCAUUGGCUAAAGGAAGUGAAAAUACUUACAUCUCUAGUUUUAAAACUGAACAUAUAGCAACACCAAAGGUUGGUAAUGAAGUUCAACUGUUAGUACACCGAUUGGACGAUGCAGUAGAGCAACCUGUUACGCACGCCUUAUCUAAUAAUCAUCAUCCUGAAGUGUCACUACUACAGAGUGCACCAAAUGUACUAUUUGAAUCCAGUAAAUCAAAGAAUACAACUGGUAUAAAAAAUUAUUCCAAACAAAAUAGUAAUAUUACCAAACCAAUAACAAUUUCGUCAGUGCUAAAUGACAAUAAAAACAAGAACAUGACUAGUGCUGUACAAUUGGAUACAAAAACAAAUGUGGAAAAGUCUCCUUUAGUUAAUAUUACCUCAGGCUUGAGUAAAAAUCAGACAGAAUACAAUACGAAUUUAUAUAAAGAAAAUAUUUUUGAUCCAAUUAGAACAGUUAAUUUGACUACGCCAGAAUGUUUUGAUGAAAACUUUUCUAUUAAACAAAAUGUUACUGAAUCAAAAUCUGAACAUCCGGACAAUACAGAGAACGUUAACUCAACAGAAGAUUCAAUAAAUAAUAAAGACGAUCAAGAUAAAGAUUAUUUGUCUCUUAGUAAGCCCCAAAUGUGGCUUAGAACAACUGAUCCCGACUUUUGGAAAAAACUAAUAGACGACAAUGAUGCUUACAGUUUUGUAUAUAUUUUUGAUAUUCAAUCGCAGUCUAAAGUAGAAAAAGACACAAAAACAACUAUUUAUCCUAAUGGCACUGUUAUGGAAGAAAUAACAGAAACGAUUUGGGAGAAUGGUGACGGUGAUCAGCCGAAAGUUUUUAAAACUGUUAAAGUUACUUAUCCCGAUGAUGAGAAAAAAGGACAAGAAUACGUAAUUUUUUUAUAUAAUAUGUUUAUGUAA